AUCUAAGUUUCAUUAACUUGAGACGUUACUGAAACAAUGUUAACAGUUAAACGAAAGACAUGAAGCUCAUCACUUCGACCCAAUUUAUUAUUUUCUUUGUUUUCAUCAUAUCCACGCAGGGGACCAACUUGUCGGAGGAGAAUGAGGAAUACCUGAGGUUCCCACCGAACUUUCUCUUGGGUGCUGCGACAGCAGCAUACCAAAUCGAAGGAGCUUGGAACGUUAGCGACAAAGGAGAAAGUGUUUGGGAUCGAUUCUCUCACGAAAGAAAUGGACGUAUCGUCAAUAACGAUACCGGUGAUACCGCUUGUGAUUCGUAUCAUAAAUUUAGAGAAGAUGUAUCUUUGUUGAAACAACUUGGGAUAAAGGCCUAUCGUUUCUCUUUAAGCUGGCCACGAAUAUUGCCAACUGGUUUUUCUAACAAAGUUAGUAAAGAUGGGAUUGCUUAUUAUCAUAAUCUUAUCGAUGAAUUGUUGGCUAACGAUAUCGAACCCAUUGUAACACUCUAUCACUGGGAUCAUCCUCAAGUGAUCGAAGAUGCUGGUGGAUGGUUGAAUCCAUAUGUGAUCGAUUGGUUCGUAGACUAUGCUAGAGUCGUUUUCAAAGAAUUCGCUCCAAAAGUAAAGAAAUUCAUAACACUGAACGAACCAUCGGACAGCUGUAUUUUCAUUUAUACUACGGGAAUUCAUGCACCCUCUAAAUCGUUUUUACACGGCAUUGGGGAAUAUAUUUGUGGAGAGAACAUGUUAAAGGCUCAUGCUCGUGUUUAUCGAAUGUAUCAGAAAGAAUUCAAAGAUAUUUACAAUGGCUCAUUGGGUAUCAAUGCUCAUUCAAGAAAUUUUUUUCCAAAGCAUGAAAAUGAUUCAGAAUUAGCAGAAAUAGCGUUUCAAUUCUCAAUAGGUUGGUUACUUCAUCCUAUAUUUUCUGAAAAAGGUGAUUAUCCUUAUAUAAUGAAAAAAUUGAUUGCUAUAAAGAGUCAAGAACAGGGUUAUCCACGAUCUCGAUUACCCGAACUUGGAGCUAAUUGGGUGGAUUAUAUUCGCGGUACUUCUGAUUUUUUAUCAGUAAACCACUAUACUUCUAUGAUAGUCGAACGGGGAGACGACGAAUUAGAACCUUCAUUCUAUAAUGAUCAAGGACUGAUACAAGGACAAGAUCCUACUUGGGAAAGUACUAUUUCUUCGUGGUUGAAGGUUGUACCAGAAGGAUUUGGUAACAUUCUUAGAAAAUUAGCAAUUGAGUAUAAUAAUCCGCUCAUAUACAUUACGGAAAAUGGUGUUUCCGGCGAAAAUACUCUUGACGAUGAUAAGAGAGUGAGAUAUUAUCAGAAAUACUUAAAAGAGAUGCUUAUUUCUAUACAUCGAGAUAAAGUUAAUAUUAAGGGUUAUAUCUUAUGGUCUUUAAUAGACAGUUUCGAAUGGUCAAGUGGAUAUAGCCAAACAUUUGGAAUCGUUCAUGUGAAUUUCACCGAUCCGGAAAGGAAGAGAACGUUGAAAAAGUCUGCUCAUUGGUGGCGAGAAGUAAUAAAAUAUGGAAGCUUGAAAAUAUGCUCCCUUGAAAAUGGAAAUUCCACGCUUGGAAUGUAAAUCUUUAUAAAGGAGACUAUAUUUUUAAAUUACUAAUAACGAAUGUGAAAGAGAAUAACAGAAGAGAAUCAAAGUUAACAUUUCAGAUUUUCAUUGCUUUGAACAUUGUUCAAAUCAAUUAAAACGACAUUCGUAAAAGUAGUAGUUGUUAUUCAUGAUCAUUCAACUUUAUAAAUAUUUCAGUUAAAUUUGCUUUAUAAUGAAACAUGGAAUGCAACAACUGUCUAUUCGAUAAAUAUUCGUAUAUUUAAUACUACGUUAGCAAAUUCGACUUAUAAUAGUUUAACCAUCAGGCUUAGCAGAUGGGAAUAUGAAUUUACAUUAUUUUAUGGAAAAUUUUGUACUGUCAUUUAAAUAAAUAGAUAUUCAUUUAUGUGACGGUACAAAAUUCAAUAAAUUCUUAACUUAUCGUUACGUUCUCGAUUUUACAUUUGGAAACGUUAGAGAUAAAGAAUUCUAUAAACCGCUAAAUGGAAGCACAGAAAUAAAAAAGUUUUUAAACUACAUCGGUAUAAAUGUACUGAUUAUUUGGAUGCUCGAUAUGCUGAAAAACAGAUGAUACAAUAUACAAUAGCAUAUGAGACGAUGUAAGUGUGAGAAAUUUUUAAUUCGCUGAAAAUAAACGACCUUCAUAUAAUAUGUAUAAUAUGUAUAAUAAAAAUAAUAUAUAAGUAUGUAAACAUAAGAAUGGAAAGUGGGAAGCGAGAUAAAGAGAAAGCGAUAUAAAAACAGAAAUACAUUACGAUAAAUAUGUCAAAACAUAUUUCACAAUAGAUAUAACAAAACAUGUGUAUAAUUUUAUAUUAAGAUAGAAUACAUUUUUACAUGAACAAUAGAAUGCAUAGAUAUAUGUUAUAAGCAAAUUAUUUUCUUUAAUACUUAUUUUUAACCAGAGAGUGCUUUAAAGGAAUUCAUUAACAUCUUCAUUCGAAAACUUCCUUACACUUUUGUGAAUUAAAAAUGUGUGUAAGUGGAAACUUUUAAAUUCUUAUCGAUUUAACAAAUCUUAUCAACUUACAUAUCUUUUUCUUUUUUUAUCAACUAAUAUAGAUAAUUAUAACAUUUUUUUCAGAUAAUAAACCGGUGUUAUAUAACACUGAUUA